UUCAUAGUACAGUUGUAGCAGCGGUUAAGGAAGAUGGCCAUUGACGAUUCCUUCAAGAAACCAGGAGCCGUCCCAUUCAAGUGGGAGAUCCGUCCCGGUGUCCCCAAGCACCAGCACCACCGCCACCGGCAGCUGCCCCCGCAGCCUCUGCUGCAGGGGGCGGAAUCUCCCCGGCGGGACCAACAUCUGCCCCCGCCGAAGCUCAAGCCGCCGCCCGCCGGGCCCUCCCUCCAGUUCCUCCCGCCGCUGGAGCUGCGGGCCGGGUCCUUCCGGUCGGCUCCUCGCACCCGCUCCGAGCGGUGGAGGCUCGGCCCGCCCAUGCUGGGCCAGCCCGAACGCGUCUCCUCCGGGCCGGGAUGCUUCCCCGCCGGGCCUCUCUCCAAACUGAAGGAGAGCAAGGGGAGGAGGGCCCGCAGGACCGGGCCCGAGCCCGAGCCCGACUGUACUUCUGAUCUCGAGACACUGUCCCGGUUUUCUGUUUCGACCCGGCGGUCGCUCUCGCCGUGCUCGUCAGCCUAUCGGUCCGUCGAGUCGUCGCCGAGACUGUCAUUUUCUUCGUACAUGAGGUCUCACCAGUCAUCACCUCGGUGCAUGGGCGAUCCAGAGUGGGCGGGGUUCGGGCUCUUUUGAAGCAGAGAUCGAUCCACAACGUCCACCAAAUCGACACACGAGCACGCCAGAGUUACGCCCACAACGUGGCAAAAGGGGAUUGCUGUGGCUUCGUUUUGUGAUUAGAAAGUGAGCGAUUAGGGAAAGAACGUAUACGUUGGGUUAGAGUUAGCAGAGGAUAGACAACCUGCACAAGAUUGGUCUUGGGAUCUUUGUAUGUGUUGUAUUAGAACAGAUUAAAGCUGAAUGUGAACUUCCACGUUUGAAGCUUGAUCGUAAUUACAUUGUCGUUGUGAAAUAUGUUGUUUGAUCGAACUCCGAUUGAACUUUUCAAAGUCCGACACUAUCGAAACUCUAUGAAUUAUCUUUCAUCAAUCA